AUGUAUGUGAAGAAUGCUUUUCUUCAUAGAGAAUUGGAUCGGGAAAUUUAUAUGAUCCAACCAAUAGGUUUUCAGAACCAACAUCAUCUUGAAUAUGUGUGUAAGCUAUGGAAAGCACUCUACGGAUUGAAACAAGCACCUAGAGCGUGGUAUGGUAAAAUUGCUGAAUUUCUAACUCAAAGUGGUUAUUUAGUAACAUCUGCAGAUUCCAGCUUAUUUAUCAAAACAAAUAAAGGAAAAUUAGCUAUCGUGUUAGUAUAUGUGGAUGACCUAGUCAUAACAGGUGAUGACAAAGAAGAAAUUCUUCAAACAAAGGAGAAUUUAUCAGUUCGCUUUCAAAUGAAGGAACUUGGGCAACUUAAGCACUUUCUUGGUUUAGAGAUUGAUCGCAUACAAAAUAGAAUAUUUCUUUGUCAACAAAAAUAUUCCAAAGACUUGUUGAAAAAGUUUGGAAUGCUCGAAUGCAAGCCGAUUUCGACACCCACGGAGCCAAAUAUCAGAAUAUGUGCACAUGAAGGGAAAAGUUUAGAAGAUGCAACUAUGUAUCAACAAUUGGUAGGCAGUCUCAUCUACUUAACCUUAACUCGACCUGAUAUUUCUUAUGUAGUCAGUGUGAUAAGUCGGUAUAUGCAAAAUCCAAAGAAGCCUCAUUUAGAAGCAGCUCGACGAAUAUUAAGAUAUGUAAAGAGCACAAUUGAUUAUGGCCUUUUGUACAAAAGAAAUGAAGACUGCAAGUUAGUUGGCUACUGCGAUGCUGACUAUGCAGGAGAUUGUGACACAAGAAGAUCAACAACUGGUUAUGUAUUCAAGCUUGGUUCUGGAACAAUCUCGUGGUGCAGCAAGAGACAACCAACUGUAUCAUUGUCAACUACUGAAGCUGAGUAUCGAGCAGCAGCAAUGGCAGCUCAAGAGAGCACAUGGAUAAUACAACUAAUGAAUAAUCUACAUCAACCAGUAGAUUAUGCAGUUCCAGCAUAUUGUGACAAUCAAUCAGCAAUUUGUUUGGCAGAAAAUCCAAUCUUUCAUGCAAGAACUAAGCAUGUUGAAGUUCAUUAUCAUUUUAUCAGAGAAAAAGUUCUGCAAGGAGAAAUUGAGAUGAGACAAAUCAGUACAGAUAAUCAAGUUGCGGACGUGCUUACAAAAGGAUUAAACGCCAACAAAUUUAAGAUGUUCCGUUAUCAACUCAGCACAAUACAAAGGGUUGGUAUUGAGGGGGAGUGUUGA